UUCGCCUCAGUAUUUACCUCAUCUCUUUUAAUGCCAUUUUAUAAACUAAACAUUAUACGCCACUGUAUGCUAAAGUGUUUCCAGAUAGACCACGUGUAUGCUGAACACAAUUGUGCGUAGAUUUGUGAAGAAUCACGGGACUAACGAGAAUUUAUUUUUGUUGCCAUGUGCUAAAUGAAAACUUCAUAUUAGUAAAAGUGUGCAAACAUUAGUUUCACCCUUAAUAUCGACAAAAGGAGUGCCCUGUAACUGAAUUUAUUUUCCGUGGAGUGCAGUAAAGCCACCGCAAGGCCGAGGUUACGAUCAAUGCACUUUGUGUGUGUGUGUGUGUGUGUGUGUGUGUAGUACUACAGGACUGUAUGCCACGCCCACACCGCUGGAUGCUUCCGCCGCACUGUAGAAGCAGCACAAAAGCUUUAUUGGUGAUAUUCAGGCUAGACAGCCAAAUAACCUGCAGGAAAACAGCGUAAUAGCCCUAUUAUAAACACAGUCUGUUCUAGUACCCAGCAAUCCACACUCUCAGUGGGACAAUGUUAGUAAGGAAAAAGUAUGGUGUGACCAAAUAGAGAAAUAUCGACUAUACUGAGGACCCUUUUCCAGUUGUUGUGUUAUUUUUUCCAAUUCCAUCUCUAUAUGUAAGGUUCACAUUAAAUAUAUAUUUUUUUGCAAUAACUUCACAUUUAAAUAUGCAUUAUGCUUUUUGAUAGUGACAAAUGAUAGUUUGAUCAACAUUGCUUGUUUUGCAUCUUACUUUGUAAUAUUAGUGUAUAUUCAUAUAAUGUGAACUAGAAAUGCAAGCAAGACUUAUUCCAGCAGUGUAAAGUAGUAGUAGGAAAAUGCUAUGAUAAUCCUAGAAAGUAAAGUAGAUGCUGCAAUUUCAGAAUCAGAACCAGCUUUAUUGGCCUAUAUACAAACCCUAUGCAGUGCUGGAAUAAAUACAAAUCUAGAUUCAUACAAACAUGAGACCACCUAACACAUCUUUGCUGUCAAAACGUGGAUUGUCAUACUACAUAUAAGCAACAUUUAAUUAUAUUUAACAGAUAUAUUUAUAAUAUGUACACUAACCAAUAAAUAAUUUGUAUCUGUGUAACUGUCAAUAACCUAGUUGGAUCUCUUUGUAAAGCAUGUCUACCAACUCAUGAAAAUGACAUUUAAUUUUCUAAUAAAUCUCACCAUAUUUUAAACACGACAAAUUAAACAGCUAAUUAAAUUUAUUUGAAAUGCCGUAGAAGUGCACACACUUUCUUAACCCGCAACGUUGUUGAAAGACUGCGGUCACUGGCUAUAGAUCAUAUCUCAACUAUUCCAUGGCACUUAUUGCCGUAUAAAACUUACAUAUGGCUCACGUAAUGAUCGUCUUUAUUUCUUAAACAUAUCUGUAAUAUUUUAUGUCACCUUGUGCUACUAUAAACAUUACGUCUUGCCCACAUGCAGUGUUGGAAGCCUGGAAGAUAUUGGAUCUUGUGGAAUUAACAAACUGGUGUUGUUUUGGCUUGGAGGUAAUUCUUUUUACGAUAACGCAUUUUUUUUUCAAUAAUAAAAAUAAACUUUAAAUCCUUUUUUUUCCAAAACAAUGUUUAUACAUAAAUAAUGGUGGUGAUUCGUAACCAAAUAGCAUGCGACUAUUAUUAUAAAGACGAAUGAACCCAAUUGGGCAAAUAAAACAAAUUUCGCUCUCACAGAAGCAUACAGUAGUACUUUUAACAAUUUUACUGCAAAAUGGAGGCUAUGUGAAGCUCUGGUUUAGGCGACCCCUUUAUUGUCCUCUCCCAUGGUCACGUGUCCGUGUCAUCCAAUCCUGUCUCGUCCGCCGUUCAACUUAUCAAAGGUCUGUAGUUCACAGUGAAGUCGACCGUUCCUAGAUUUGCAGAUUCCGCGCCUGUGUCUAUUCCGUGGUGAGGAUUGUACGCACGGUUGCGCCUUUGUGCGUUUCUUUUUUUUUGUGUUAUGUCGACCCUGGGCACUCUGGGUUAUUACACCGACUCGCACAUUCCUCACGAGGACGAUGAUCAUUUGGCGCCGCGGUUCUCAACUGCACCGGCGGUACAGAGCCAGACUCGAGAGCCAUCUCUCUCUGAAUAUGGUGAACCCGAUUCGUACCCUUUCCAAAGCAAGUCGGCUAUUUUUGGCGCGUCGUGGAGCCCCGUACCGGUACAGCCGCCGGGCGGUACAUCUAUCGCAUACCACUCUUACAUACAUCAGCCGUGUCCGACAGCUGAGGCGGAUGGAGCGUCUGCGCGCGCCUGGGCGCUCGAAUCGCUUUCUGCGUCUGUGCCUUUCGCCGGAUUAUCGACAGAUGUGCAUCACGAUAUCAAACUCGAGCCACUGGUCGGAAACGGUGAGUGCACCACACUGGAUGCACGGACUCUAAUGGCUCCUGGUGCUCAAAACAACGCAAACCCUGCGGUGAAGGAGGCGGAUCUGACUCAUGCGGAUGUGACAGACCCAAGCGACGAGAAAACGUUAACGGAAAAUAAACCGGAUCUGGACCCGAAUAACCCUGCAUCCAACUGGCUACACGCGAAGUCCACGAGAAAAAAACGCUGCCCAUAUACUAAGCAUCAGACUCUCGAGUUGGAGAAGGAGUUUCUCUUUAAUAUGUACCUGUCUCGUGAUCGUAGAUAUGAAGUGGCAAGACUGCUAAAUCUCACCGAGAGACAAGUUAAAAUAUGGUUCCAAAAUCGUAGGAUGAAGAUGAAGAAAUGCAACAAAAAUCGCCCAAAAGACAUCUGAAGUUAAGGAAUACUGAUGAGUGCACACUGCAGUGGUUUUGGACAACUUUCUUUUCUGCGCACACGUGUUUUGUGUUAUGCCUCUGCAACAACAACGACAGCAACAAAAUUACGUUUGCACCAACUUUCGGUGUGAGAAUGUGUCCUGUAAUGAUUGCGUUUUUUUGUUAUAAGGCUGUUUGUUAGUCCUCUUGUGUCGUGUUUGCUUGUUGUAGGUCCAAGUAUUUCUAAUUGUGUACAAUUUUUGAGCCUCUUUCAGAUUUGAGAAACUUUCCAUGUAGGCUACUGAUUUCAGGGACAUAUAUGAAAUGCUCGAUUAUAUUUAAUAUUGUUGAUUUGCAUGAGUGUCAUUUGCUUUUUAAAAACGCCAGAAUGACUUCUGUCCAGAUAUUUAAUGUUUAAUGUAAUGUUUAAUGUAACUACCUAGAUGUAUUUGAACUACCUAUUUGCAAUUAUGAAAAUAAGUGUUUUGUCAUUGAGACAUCGUUGAAUUUUGUAUCAUAAACAUGCUUGAAUUCUUUUUUUUUUCGUGACUGGAAAAGUCUGUACACGUAAAUACCUCAAUUCAUCAGUUAGCUUAGCCAUUUUCAACUCAAAGUUCAUCUGUGUAGAUGACAAUAAAGUUCAGAAAAUUUGA